AUGACCGAUGUGUUGUCAUGGGAUUCGAAACUUGCUGAAAACAAAAUUGGACUGACAGAAAACUUGGUGGGUGGCUUCAGGAAGGAGCUCACUGAGAGGUUGGCGAACAUUAAAACAGUUCGUGCCGAGCUUGAGAGGCUGUAUGCCUUGCGAGUUGAGGAUGGUAAGAUUGACUUGCCUGAGAAUGCCUCCUAUAAAGAGGAAGCCAUGGUGCUGGAAUCUUUGAUGAUUCUGUACAACGAAGGCGCUGGUGUGGGUGAGGAGUUGCGAAAAUAUGCCAUCACAGAGAUCAGAGGUGAUUGGAAGUGGCAACAGGAGUGGCUUCAACUGUCUUGCCAUUACUCUUGCAAUGCAAUAUGUCAUGCUUGCAGGGCACGGGUACCAGAUUAUCUAACUGCCCCUGCAAAUCUGGAUGGUGAGUUCCGGCAUGACACUGACAGCUUCUUGGGGGAGUGUGUCAAACGUGGUGAGUUGCGCAGACUCUAG